AUGACGAACAGAAAAUCCCGCCGUCGUGAACAACACCGUCCAGACGAUCACCAACAUGGUGGCUAUGAAGACCCAUACCAAGAGGAUCGCGUCAACAACUAUUCGAGGCCUCAGCAAUAUGCGUCCGAUGACUCCAACGGUGCCAAUGCCACAAGUCCGGACUCACCACGUGAGGUGCCACAGGAAUGGUUUCGUGAUCCCCGUCGCUUCUCUCCUACCCCCCGACAAAGCUCACGAGAACGUACACGAGACGCUCUCGACGGUAUGUCCCGUGGCAAUGAAAUGUGUGAUGAAGAAUUUGACGACGAUCCCCAACACUACGGAAUGGGCCAAAGCAAUCAACAUCGUGGAGGAAGACACCGAAGCACAGACGACGGAGGAAAGGAUGGGCAUGGCGAACGCACUCGACGUCGAGUCCACAAUAAAGACCGCGAGGAAGAACACCGUCAGAGCGACAGACGGCAGCGCCGCCGCGACCAGGAUGAAGAGUCACUCUCGCAAAGGGCACAUAGAGAGAGGAGCGCCCGGGGCCACUCUGAGAAGCAUCGUCGAGAGAAGUCUGAUGAAGAGAAGAGGCGGAGGCGGGAGCGCAAGGACCGUAAAGAUUGAUCUCCUUCACCCGCACUCACUCACUU